ACGCAAUUUUCUUACCAACUGCCCACAACCCAAAUCCUAAUGAAACUGCUAGCGACAUCCAGGAACCAGUUGUAGCUAGUACCCAACAUAUGAUUGUUGAAACAGUUGAGGUAGAAACAGUCACUGAAUCAAAGGAAUCAUCUGUAUUUUCAAAAAUCAAAUCAGUUUUUGCUGGCAUUGGCGAAGACAUAAAGGAGAUUUCUAGGGAUUCUGACUCCAGCCGGCGCUUGUGUCGACGAAGCGAAGUCGAGUUUUCAAUGACAAAUCCGCCAUAUGCAAUAAAUAAUGGAGGGAAGGAACUGUCCCUCAGCUAUCGCACGUCGCCAAUGGAUGCAUAUCACCAUAAUGGCGAAUUUGAAUACGAUGCACAUAACCUCUUUGGUCACAUGGAAGCACAGACAACAUAUAGAUCAUUACGUAAAAUCCGUCCAAACAAACGUCCAUUCCUCCUCUCUAGGUCCACUUUUCCUUCCAGUGGUCGCUAUGUAGCGCAUUGGUUAGGCGAUAACGCGUCAACUUGGGAAGAUCUUCAAUAUUCUAUUCCAGGAAUACUGUCAUUCCAGCUAUUCUGUAUUCCCUUGACGGGCGCAGACCUCUGCGGUUUCAAUGAUAAAUGCAACGAGGAAUUGGCCAUGAGAUGGGUCGAACUCGGGUCAUUUUAUCCGUUUUGCAGAAAUCACAAUGUGAUCGGGAUGCCUUCACAAGAGGUGUAUUCUUGGGAAUCAGUGGAAAAAGUUGCUCGAAAAUAUAUCGGCUUGAGAUAUGCGCUAUUGCCAUACUGGUACACGGCAUUCUACAGAUCGUCGACAAAAGGUACACCCGUUCUUCGCCCGCUGUGGGCUUCAUAUCCGGAAGAUAAGGAGACGUACAACAUUGAGCACCAGUUUUUGAUUCACGACGGUAUUCUAAUUUCACCUGUUCUCGAAGCUGAAAAGAAAGAG